UUCGGUGGGCGGAGUUAACAGCCAAAUUGUUGUAAUAAACAUCGCCCGAACAUAUGAGGAAGUACUCCUUUACUUUCGUUUUAGGUUGUGUCCAUAUUUAACGUCGUUCUUAUUCGAACAAAAUAUACAAAAAGUCUUCCAGUAUACAGAGGGUGUCGGAAGGUGAAAUCAUGAAAGCAGUUGUCCGCCUAGUUCUCCUGACUCUACUGAUCCUCGGGUCCUCAAUGGCCCGUGAAUUAGCCCCAAAGGUUCAGGUAUACAGCCGGAAACCAGGGGAUUUCGGGAAACCCAACGUCUUGAUCUGUCAUACCACUGGCUUCCAUCCACCUGUAAUCAGCAUCGAGCUGCUCAAGAACGGACAGGUGAUUCCCGGAGUCAGGCAGACAGACCUGGCCUUCGAGGAGAACUGGCACUACCACCUGACCAGUUUCGUGGAUUUCAUCCCAAAAAAUGGAGAUGAGUACACUUGCAAAGUGACUCACAAUGGAAAGCCCAAAACAUACAUCUGGGAACCAGAUGUGUAAAUCCUGUGCUCAGACUUGCUCAAGGUCUUCUCAGUCUCAAGAUCAUUAAGAAGAUGGGAUGGCAAUAGAACUUAAUUAAGUGAUUGAUG